AUGACGACGAAAGAGCUCGAGCACCAGGUCGCCGGGCAUAAGGGCGUGCAGACCGACGACUCGGGUGAGCUGGUCUACAAGCCCGCCCUCCCCACCGAGAUCGCAUUCUACGAGCACGUCGCCCAGAAUGCGGACUCCCUGGGGCAACUACGCCCCUUCAUGCCCGUCUGCUAUGGCAAACUGACGCUGCAAGGGGAGCAAGACGGGGAAGGGGGCGUGCGCGAGGUGGCCGAUACGGGCAGCGAGUCAAUCGUGCUCGAGAAUCUGACGUAUGGGUACCUGCACCCCUCCGUGCUAGACGCGAAACUCGGCACGGUGCUGUACGACGAGAACGCGACUGAGGAGAAGAAGGCGCGGAUGAUCAAGAAGGCGGCCGAGACGACGACGGGCCAGGUCGGGCUGCGGUUGACGGGGUGUCAGACCUGGCACCAGCCCUCGCAGGCGUACAUAUCGACUCCGAGGCAGUUUGGCUACGACCUGAAAGUGGAGGACAUGCCCGCCGCAUUAGCGAGGUUCUUCCCUCUCCCCUCAGACAAUAUUCCCGAAUACAUCGACCCCUCUGUCCAGCCCUCAAUCCCGACCUCAACCUCCGACCCGGCCUUCACCGAGCCAUCAGCCGAACCCAAGUCCUACACCUCGCACGCUAUCCCCCUGUCUCUCCUCUCCCGCUUGCUGGCCACUCUGCUCACCCGGCUCGAGAAACUGAGGGCCGCACUGGGCACAGCGGAAAUCAGGGCCGUCGGCGCGUCGCUGCUUGUCAUUUAUGAGUCUGACCCGACGCGGCUGGCGGAGUGCUUCACCGCCCUCGAUCAGGGACGGGUGAAGUGGAAGGAGGACGCUGAGAUCGAUCCAGACGCCGACUCGGAUGAAGAGGACGAUGACGAGGAGACGCCGUUGCCGAUCUCCCUGCACUUGAUUGACUUUGCGCACACGUUUGCUAGGCCCGGAGAGGGGCCGGAUCAGGGCGUGCUUUUGGGGUUGGACAAGUUUACGGAACUCGUUAGGGGAAGACUGGAGGAUGUGAGGAAGGCGCAGGACGGAAGUGAAGAAGAUGGGGGAGAAGAGAGGGAGGCGAAGAAGGCCAAGACGGGAUGA